GUCGCAUAAGAUUUAGCGCUGAGAGGAGUACAGAGUACGGUACGUUUUCGGAAGCUGGAAGAAGAAAAUGGCGACGGAAAGCGACUUGGAUCUUGAUGAGUGGGAUGAUGUUCUCGGGGUAGAGGCAGAAAAAGAUUUUGUCAAGCCAAAUGGACAGAAAGUUAAGAGUGACGCUCUGGGAGAAGAGGAAGAUGAUGAAGGAUGGAACGAUGUUAUUGCUAUCGAAGUAUUAGAAAAUUAUUGUAGCAAUUUGAUGAAACAAAUGGAAUGUUUUCGUAAAGAAGGGGUGUUGUGUGAUGCAGUAAUAGUAGUUGAUGACAGAGACUUACCAGUCCAUAAGAAUGUCCUUUCUGCAAUUAGUCCUUUUUUUAAAAAUAUAUUUUCACGGUUAACUGAACCUGAUGACAACAGAAUAACAUUGAGAAAUCUUACUGGACAAAUCAUGGAUGAUAUUUUACACUUUUCUUACACUGGUGAAGUUUGUAUACAUGAUGGCAAUGUGCGACAACUUGUUGCUACGGCAAAUUUUCUUCAGCUUCAAAGUUUAAAAGACAUGGCAAUAGCUUAUUUAGAACAAAAACUAAGUCCAGCCAGUGCGGUUGAAAUUUUGUUGUUGGCUGAUAAACAUAACUGUGGAACAUUGGUUCAAUCGGCAGAAAAAAUUAUUAGUGAUAACUUUGUUAUCGUAUCAAAAACUGAUGGAUUCAAAAAGUUAACUUUCGAAAUGAUGCAUCAACUAGUACAAAGCGAAGAUAUCCGUGUUAUGAAAGAAGAAGAAGUUUUUGAAGCAGUGAUGUUAUGGGUUAAAUCAGAUUAUGGUGAUAGAACCGAUAAAGAAAAGCAGUUACCUGAUCUACUUCAAGAAAUACGUUUACCAUUGAUGUCACCUUCUUUUUUGGCAGAAGUUGUUGAAAAAGAACAGUUAAUACGAAACAAUAAAUUGUGUUAUGAAAUUAUAACAGAAGGAAAAAAUUAUCAUUUACCUAAUGCAGAUCGUUCAUUAGUGGAUAGUAAAUUAACACGACCACGAAAGUUUAUGGGUGUUGUUUGGAGUGUACUGUGUGUUGGAGGAUGGCAAGAGGACAAGCCAACGAAGGAUGUUUUCGCAUACCUUACAUCAAGUUUUAAAUGGUUUCCUUUAACACCACUUCCCAAAGCUAGAUACAGUCAUUCUGUUGUGUCCUGUGAUGGUUUUGUUUACGUUUUAGGCGGAAGAGAUGAAUCAACUCAAUUAUUAUCUUCUGUUUUUCGAUUUGACCCAUCUGGUAAUAAAUGGCAAGCUGUUGCAUCCCUGCCAUACCAAGUAGCAGGUCUUGGUGUUUGUGUGUUUGGAGGUCAAAUUUAUGUUGUAGGUGGAUUAGCAAGCGUUGGCUCUAUUGACAUAGUACUAAGAUAUAGUGCACGUAACAAUGUGUGGCAACGUGUUGCCAACUUAAAUUGCCCACGUGGUGCCACAUCUAUUGUCUGCGAUGAAAAAUUUAUGUACGCUCUUGGAGGAAUGCGUAAAAGUGGAUCCGGUCUAAAUGCGUCAUGGGAAUACCUGAACACUGUUGAAGUGUUUCAACGAGAGUCGAAUACAUGGACUUAUGGUCUUGAAAUGUUGUCAAAACGUGCUCAUGCUUCAGCGGUCUACAUGAACCAAAAAAUUUAUUUGGUUGGUGGCCAGGGUGAGCUUUUAGGGAUCAGUAAGGGCAUGGAUGUUUAUAAUACCAUUACCCGAGAAUGGAGCUCUACACCUUAUCUUGGCAUUCCAAGAUCCAUGAGUGGCAUUGCUGUUAGUGAAAAUAAAUUCUUUGUUAUUGGUGGAAUCACCAGAGAGGGAGAUUGUGUUAACACAGCUGAAACAUAUGACACAAUGAAAGAUCGCUGGACAAAAAUUGCAUCGUUGCCGAUAUCAACAGGAGCCUUUCAGUGCUGUACGAUUCAACUAAGGCUAGCAGUCCUUCAAGGGAUGACUACAUCCUUAUCGGAGUGAGCGAUAUCAUAUGUCAACAGAACUUCUGUCUACUUAAAAUAUUAUUUUUAGUUAGUUUUUCUUCUUUAGUUUUUUAUAAUUUUCAUUUAUUUUUUAUAUUUGAUUGUAUUUUGUAGAUAUUUUUCGUUUAUAAUUUAUAUUGAAAUGUGUGUUUUGUAGUUUAUUUAUAUAAAAAUUUAUGGUUUCUAUUA